AUUUUUAAUUAUUGUUUAGAUUGUCAUUAUGAAAUUGAUGAAGAAUCUGGCAGCAUGGUUUCACCCAUGUAUAAAGAUAUACAUCGUUCACAUAUUGUUAUUUGUACUUGGGAAUUUAAAAAAUUCAAGCAUGUUGAGUUAAAACGUUUAGUAAUUUUUGAUGAAUUUGUUCUGAAAAACAGUAGUUUGGUAGUGAAAGGUAGUGAAGCACAAGAUGGUAUAUACACAGGAAAUAAAAGUCCUCCAAAUAUUGUUGCAAUUGGAAACACAACAUUUGAAUUUCAUUUGAAUACUUCAAUAAGUGGAGAAAAGUUUGCAUUCACAUUCUCAGUUAAAGGUAGUCAAGAAAAAGAUAUUGAUGAUUCUGGAAAUAGAAAAACUCUUUGUGGUGAAAUCAGUCAUGGUGGAGAAAAUGGAACAUUAUCUCCUGAACAUGGUCAAAUUAAUGCAGGAAGAUCGUGUAUUUGGGAAAUUAAUUGUGAAGCUAUACCUUCUACUAAAGAAAUAUUCCUAUCAUUUGAAGAGUUUGACUUAGCAGAUAAUGACAGUUUUACAAUUUUGGAUAUAACUGGGAAAAUUAUAUUUGGCCCAUAUAGUGGGGAAAAAGAACAGUUUUCAAUUCUCACUGGAGUUAAGGCAUUGACAGCAGAACUACAAAUAAGUAAAAGUCUACCUUCUUUUAUAAGAAGAUUUAAAGUUAAUUAUAAUGCCAAAGUUUGUGUCAAUCAGAUAACUGCAAAAGUUGGGAUAGGAAUCUGUCCUUUAUAUAAUUCCUCAAACAACAGAAUGAACGAAAAUGUUUCCUGCAGUUGGCUCUUUAAUUUACCUGAAGAUACUGUUCAAAGUAUUUCAUUUGAAAAAUUCAGCAUUCCUGGAGGACAGCUUUUUGUUACAGGAAAUGUUGAUCCAAAACAAUCUUACUCAGGAAAAGUUCAUCCUUCUGACAUGUUUAUUAAACGCACUGGAAAUAUUACAUUGAAUUUCAACACCUUAUUCCAGAAUGAAUUCUUAUUUACCUAUAAUGAAGUUAUGCCUGAAUGCAGCUCUUACAUUCAACUAACUGAAGAAAAUUCAUUUGCUUGGAUAUCAUCUCCAACCUAUGAUGACAGUUUUGAUGGAUGGACAAAUUGCCAGUGGAUAAUUCAAAGUCCUGGUUCUUCUGUUGUCGCUUUUAAGAUUAACAGAAUCAAUUUAACUGAUGUACAGGACUUUAUCAUCAUCAAGGAUGGUAAUAGCAGACUUUCUCCUCUGUUAUUACAAAUCACUCAUAAUAAUCAAGAGACAGUGAAAAAUAGUUAUUUAAUCUCCAGUCAUAAUACAAUGUGGAUAUCAUUUAGUAGUCAGUUUCUAAUAAAAGGAUCUCAGUUUCAAGCCGAAGUAAACAUUUCUAAACAUGGAGGUUAUUACAGAAAUAAUGGAAGCAUAACUAUUCAUUCAUCCAGUUUGGGAAAUGACAUUAUUUAUUUUCUUGAAGUUCAAAAUAAUCAACAAGUAUAUCUAACAGUAUCAGAAGAAAGCUUUUUUACCAGUGGAAUAGUUGAGAUUUAUGAUGAUUUUUCAAUUAAUGCAUCUCUCCUAACAACAUUAAGAAGCAAAAAAUAUUUUUAUCCAAUUGUGUCUACUAGUUUUAAAAUGAUGUUAGUUGGAAAAAAUUUUGGACAAAAUUCAUCAAUAGAAUUGAAUUUCAAAGGCAUUGAAAAGGGUUGUCAUAAAAUAACACUUGAAAAUAAUGGAGUUUAUUCAGUAAUUGGUAAUUGCAACAGGACUUGUUCCUGGAUUAUUCCUCCUAAAGAACAGGAUGAAAGUGAAAAAUCUAAAACAUGGAAUUUGGCAUAUUAUCCAAAGAUAUCUUAUAGAAUAUUUUAUAUGGUAUAGUUUUUAGAAAUCUCAAUCAUUGUAUUUGUGUAGUUCUUGCUGACAAAGUUAUAAUCAAUAGUAUCUGACUCAAGCGAAAAUUCACACCAAAGGCGUUAAGGAGCAUUUUAAGGAACAUUUUAUUUCCGUCUGGAACUUUCGACAAAGAUAUGAACAUCGUCUUCAAGUAGUAAUUAAAAAUGAACAGAUUUCAAAUGGUUUAAAUUUAAAUGAUAACAGCAUUAGCCAUUUGGAACAUAACAUUAAUAACAAGUAAAUUUAAAACAUUAAUUUGAAAUGCGUGACAUUAUAUGUAAAUUACAAUAGUAUCUGUAAAAACCAGAUAAGAAUAAAGGAAUGUGGGGCAAGAGUAUGAACUGAAUUUUUUGUCUUGUUUUACAUGUUGUGUGCAACAUUAAAUGUUGUGGCUGUAUGUCAUAGUAUAAUUUUCACUUAGUCAUAGUUUAGAAUCUUUCCUUCAUUCUUUGUUCUUUCUUACUCUAGUCCUUUGGGAGGUGAGAGCCAAUUCAUGGAACCACAUGAGCAAAGAGGGACAAGGCUACCUGAGGGCAUGUUUGGAAAAAGAGGAAUCUUUUUCUCUGCUGGCCUUCUGGAAGUAAAAAUAAUGAUGAAGAUGCUGAAUGUUGUCAAGUAUCAGCAAGAAUGGUGAAACCAAACUGGCAUGAGAAGAAUCAAUGAACUUAAUGAAGCGAAUCUCAAAUUUAGAAAAACAAAGACAACGACUCAAAAUCAGUCCAAGUGAGUUCUAUGUGGCCUCUCAUGGAAGUUGUGUAACAUUUGUACAUCUUGGGUAUUCAAUUCUGUUCUGUUAACUAUCUCGCUAUUUCUUCCCUACCCUUUUGGACUUCCUUCUUCCUUAGUAUAAGGAAGAAGGAAGUCCAAAAGGGAUAGUCCAAAGAAGGAAUAGUUAUAGCAUUAUCUGAGCUUGGUUCUUUGUAUGUCUCAUGAUAUUUUGUCUGCCAACAUUUUGGAUUUUUUGGGUGAUGCCAUGUUACUGCUUAUAGUUUUGAGUUUGAAUCCUUAAGAACCAGUAUCUUUUUUGCAAAAGUACUUUGUUCCACCAUCUGCUGUGCGUGACUCUUUAUUCGGUAUAUUUGCCAUCAUCGGCUAACAAUAUUUUCAUCUUUAACUUUACUAUGGUCUGGUAAAAGAAUCAAAAGCUUUGGAGAUGUCAAUAUAAAUGGUAUAUGCAAGCAAUUUUUCUUCUUUAUAAUUUAGAACAGUUGCCUUUGCUUUUAGUAAAUUACCUGUUGUGGAAGGGUAUGCUUGUAUGUAGAUUGACUAAGGAAACAUGACAAGAAUAUUUAGCAACAGUAUUUUAUUUCAUAUAUUUGAACAAGUUUUUUGUGAAUUUCAACUCUAUAAUCAACAAUUACAACAUGGCUUCUAAUAAUGAUUAAUGGUGGGAAUGACAAAAGAUAUACCAUUCGCAACAAAUAAGUACAAAUGAUACCUGAAAGCAUAUAACUAAUGCAUAUAUACUAACUUAAAAACUAGGGGAAGAUCAGAGAUGAUAGGGAGAGUACAAUAUUUGGGAAAAUAGAAUAUAGUAAAGAGUGAAAUACCCAGGGUUUUGCUGGACUUCACAAUUUGGGUAGGAUGCCACAUUGAAGCUUUUCUGGAAAGUCUCUCCUUGUUGUCUUCAUUAAGUUUCUCCUUACACCUAGUAUCUACACUUUUUAUCGUAACUACAAUAUAAUCCAACAUUUUUCUCGGACUGCUUGAAUUCUCCAGUCGUUGAUAUUUACAACCUGAAGCACCACAUUCGACAUCUGUCCACCUUGAGGUCUGGGGCAAAGAAUCUCUCUUUCUUCCACUCACUGGCCCUCAGGGCCUCCUUUCUUUCAUUGUUAUUCCUGGUUUCAAGAAUUGGUCAUCAUCACCCAAGGGAAAGAAAGGAAAGUUCUGGAAGCAAGAAAAAACAAAGAACAAAGGAGAGGACUAAAACUAUACUUAAAUUAAUACAUACAAAAUGGAGUACUGCCACAUGUGCAAUGUUGAAUAAGUGAUAAUUAAUGCCUGAAUUUUUAUGUAGGGGAAAAAGGGUGUGAAUUAGGCUGAAAAGGGUCAGAAAUAAGUGCAAAAAAUUUACAUUUCAGAAAACACAACUAGUAUUCAAAUAAAAAUUUGUUACAGUACAUGAUAUUUAUCAUUUCAUUGUUUUUCUGUAAAGUUCAUUUGCUUGUCUGCUAAUAAAUGCUUAUGUAUGGAGAAAGAUCUUUCUACCUCCAUGGAAACAAGUAUUUCAUGUCUGCAAUGAAUGAAUUCUUGAAUUACUGGGUUUUUCCAAAUUGACUGCUUGAGCAUUUCUUUUGCAAAUUCCUCUAAAUGGACCAGAGUUUAUUUCAUUAUUCCCCACUGAUAUUUCAUAGUAUUUCCAGUUUCUUCCAAACUUUUUAUUGCCAUUACUAAGAAUUUAAAUACAGUCGACCCCCCCUAUAACACUGGUUCCAAUAGUUCUGAUUCCUAUAUCACGGCAAAAAAAUU